AUGAGAUCAGUCGCAACUUUGCGUGACGAUCCCGGAACAGACUCGGCACACGAUCGUGUCAUCUUCUUUUUCGAGGCGGAGGUGUUGGCGUACUACCUCCUGUUUAGCCCGGCGUACAUGAAGGCGCAACGUGCACUCAACCGCGACUCUACGCACCAAAUCAUUCUCUUCAUGGAAUUUGGCGGACACCGCUGGGCCGGAGUCCACGACGAGGGCACCUUCAACCCCAUGGCUGAGGAGGUAUCCUCCUCGAUCGUACCAAGGAGGCUACCGGCUGGGAAGACGCCUGACGCCACAUGUCUUUAA